CUGGGUGUCGCUUUAUCCUGUUGAACCGACGCCAACCAAACCGGGUUAUUAUCUGACAGUUAAACGGAGACAUCUGUCAGGGGAAUAAAACAACUGAAACAAGACAUACCUUUAGUUUUAUCCGAACCGAGCCGGUAUGCGUAUCGGACCGGGCUCUCCCGAAGGCUCCGUGCAGGUUUGUGUCCACAGGGUGUCAUUUUAAAGACACGUAUCACCGGAAAUUAGCGGAUUCUGCAGCGGAGCUAACAGGCUAACUGCUAACUAACGGUUAGGAUGUUGAAUAAACUUUAUUAAGAGUCGGUGACGUUCCCAGGGAUCCCGUGUGACGUCAUGGAAUCCCUUUUAGACUUUGAGGAAUGCAUCAAAGACUCACCUGAGUUCAGAAUCACUCUGGAUCAGUUUGAGGCAGAUGUUUCCCUACUGGAGACUCAUCUGGAUAAGGUGAUGAAGCUGUGCGGGAAGAUGGUGGAGGCGGGACAAGCGUACAACGCAGCUAAUCAGCUGUUCCUGAGCGGCUUGGCUGAGCUCCUGUCGUAUCAGAAGAAGGAGUCGGUGAUGAUGAGUUGCCUGAACCAGUUCCAGCAGGGUCUGCAGGAGAUUCUGAGCUUCCACACCAUGCUGCUGGACCAGAUGCAGAGAGCCAUCAUCCAGCAGCUCUCCAGCCUCUGCUCACAGUUCCGGCCACAGCUAGCCGACACCAGGAAGGAGUUUGUUCGGAUCGGAGAGGAUCUGGAGACGGCGGCGGCGAAGAACGCCCAGGUGUCGCGCCACAAGGCGGCCGAUGCGGAGCGGGCGAGCCACCUGCUGCUCGCCACCCGGAAGUGCUACCAACACUUCGCCCUGGAUUACUGCCUACAGCUCAACACCUUUAAAACCCAACAGAACAUCGACGUCCUGAACUCUGUGUUCUCCUUCGUCCACGCCCAGUUCACCUUCUUUCACCAAGGCUUCGACCUGCUCAGAGACCUGGAGCCCAGCAUGAAGACCAUGGGAGCUCAGCUGUCUCAGCUCUCUGUCGCCUGCGCUGCCAAGAGGAAGGAGCUGGAGAACCGACACCUGCUGGUGCAGCAGCGGGACGCUUCGGGCGAGCCGAUGGUCAGCUCGUGUCCCGACAGCGGCGACAUCAUCCAGGGUUACUUGUUCAAACGGUCCAGGAGGAAAUCCAAGACCUGGAAGAGGUGCUGGUUCUCCAUCAGAGACAAUCAGCUGAUCUACAGGAAGUCCCACAAGGAUGAUGCUGCCGUCUUGUUUGAGGACCUUCGGCUGUGCGCCGUGAAGCCGGCGGAGCAUCUGGAUCGCCGCUUCUGCUUCGAGCUGCUGUCCGUCCAGAAGUGCUGCGCCCUGCAGGCUGACUCGGAGCCGCUGCAGCAGGCGUGGCUCGCCGCGCUGCAGGGCAGCAUCGACCUGGCGUACCGGGAGCGUGGCGACGCCUGCCUCAUCCCACCGGGCACCGGAGACUCCGCCCCCCUGCCGGCCACGCCCCCCCAGAGGCCGGCGGCUCUGGCCGUGGCCCUCGGGGGCCCCGGGAACCAGCGGUGCUGCGACUGCGGUGAGCCGGAGCCGCGCUGGGCUGCCGUCAACCUGGGAGCCACCGUGUGCAUCGAGUGCUCUGGGAUCCACCGGAGCCUGGGCGUCCACCUGUCCAAGGUGCGGUCCUUGACCCUGGACUCCUGGGAGGCGGAGCAGCUGAAGCUGCUGUGCAUUCUGGGAAACGACGUGGUGAACGCCAUCUACGAGGCCAGGUGUUCUGAGGAAGGCCGGGUCAAGCCCCGACCCGACAGCCCCAGGUCAGAGCGGGAGGCGUGGAUCCGGGACAAAUACGUGGAGAAGAGGUUCGUCCAGCGCCGCCCUGCAGGCGGAGCCGGGGCGGGGCUCCGACUCUACCAGGCCUCUGUGGCGGGAGACCUCGUUUCCAUGGCGACGGCUCUGGCGGAAGGGGCAGAGGUCAACGGCGGCGUCGCAGAGGAGGAGGGGCGAACGGCGCUGAUCGGAGCAGCGGUCGGAGGGUCACUGCUGGCCUGCGAGUUCCUGCUGCAGAACGGAGCCAACGUCAACCGCCGAGACCUGAGGGGGCGUGGCGCCCUGCACGCUGCUGCCACCGCUGGACACACGGGUCAGGUGUGUCUGCUGCUGAAGAGAGGAGCCAAUCAGUACGCUGUGGACGAGAAGGGGCAGGACCCGCUGGCUAUCGCCAUGGAAACCGCUAAUGCUGACAUCGUCACUCUGCUGCGAAUGGCCCGGAUGAACGAGGAGAUGAGAGACUCAGAGGGAGUCUUCAGCACCACAGGUGACGACGAGACGUUCCAGGACAUCUUCAGGGAUUUCAGUGACAUGGCGUCCAACGACCCGGAGAGGCUCAGCAGGAGGCAGUUCGGCCGAGGAGGCGAGGAAGAGGAGGAGGAUGAAGGAGGGGGGCAUAAGAGCAGCCACUGCUGACCCUCCAGGUUACCAUGGCAACGUUUUUAGAGACUUGGGACCAAACCAGCUAGGAUGCAGAUUAUCAGAGUUCAGCUGUCGGUUCUGACCCGGAGCGACCUGGUUCUGUUUGUUUAGGAGACGGGCUUUUAUCACUGUGAACGGUUCAGACCAUUUCACCAGAACCGGAACCGGACUGGAGGAUUCACGGUUGGGUCCAAGAGGUUCUGGUUCUGGAAGGAGGUCAACACUAACCCGAUUGUUCAUCUUGUUGUUAAUCAUGAGAAUCCAGAAUGUCAGAAACAUUUCCUGGUGAAUAAAGUCAGAACCGGUUCUGAACAGGUCCAGAA